AUGUACUGUCGCACAGGAUCACCGCUCCCUGAACGACCACUGGACGAGCCCUUGGGACAAGGCGACCCAAGGACGGCCCAACGAAGUAGCUGCAAGCUCUGGAGCAGCAGCAGCGGCGAGCAACUAGCCUCACCUGCAGCGCAUCGUGAGCGCCGGGAGCAGCCGGCCCCGCCAGGACCACGCCGAGAGGCUUUCCGGCUGACAUCCAAGCACCGAUCACCGACGCGAUGCCGGCCAGCUAUCCAGCCAGGACGACAGACGCCAGCGCCGAGAGCACCGGUGAUUCAAAUCCGACACAGCGGCGGACACUACCGACAACAAAGUGCCAGGGCGGUGCAGCUGAACUGCGAGGAGAGACGGCUAGACGCGAUUGUCGACACAGGCGCUGACAUCACAUUUCUGCGAGAAAGUAGUACACCGGAGCACCUCGUCAAACCCCACGGUACCGUAGAUUUAGUAUCAGCCUUCGGCGAGAAGGUAGAAGCGAAGCUCGCCGUCGUCCCUCUCGCGAUACAGGGGUGGGGUUCCCCGAUCCAGGACAUCGACACUGCGACGCCGGUAAUGUGUGCGCUCACGAACAGAUCGGCCCACACGGACUUCUUGAUAUCUGCCGACGCAUGGGAACAGCUGCGCGCCUCACACGCGGAGAACAGAGAGGUACACGUGGCUGCGGUGAGUACACGAUCACGAGAAAACGCCGACGAUCAAACGAACGCCUGCCCACCCGCUGCAGUUAGUACCGAUCUGUCGACGGUCGACGAGUCAGCGCAGGAAAGGGUGACCGUUGAUCAGGGUGAGGAGAGCACUCACGAGAUAGAGAACUCGGAGCAAAGCGGCGACGCACAAAAACUGCGCAAGGAGCAGCGCGGCGAUGAUGCACUGAGUAACGCCUGGCGAAAUGCGAAAGCCGGGAAAGCGGGCAUGUGCGUCGUUGAUGGCUUUCUGUAUCACAAGGAUAAAGUUCUUGGCCAAAGUAUGUUGCAGUUAGUGCUUCCGCAGACGCGCCGCGGUGCUGUUUUAGCGCUCGCUCACGAGUCAUACUGGGGCGGUCACCUGGGCUUUCGUAAAACAAAGGCGCGAAUUAAGUGCAGCUUUUUCUGGCCUGGCAUGGAGCAAGAUAUCCGCGACCACUGCGAUCGUUGCCACAGCCGCCAGGUCAGGGUGGCGUCGCUAAGCGUUAUCUUUCACGACGACAACGACUUCGGAGAAGUAGAAUACACGCCUCGAGCGGCUAACAGUGAAGACUUCUUCCUUAGUCAAGGAAAGACUGAGCAUUUGGACGCCCACACAGCCGAACGCGUGUGCGCGGUAUUCAGGGCCCACCAGGCAUUGUUUGUUGGCGAACCAGGUUUAGCUAAGGUAGGGCAGCACAGCAUAAAAGUUACCGACGGCGCCAAGCUCAAGUGUAGUCGCCCUUACAGGGUGCCAGAAGCGCUCAAAAAUGAAGUUAGCCGACAGAUAGCCGAGCUGCUGGAACUGGGCCUCAUAUACCGCUGCUAG